ACUCGCGCUACUUCGAAAAACAUCAGAGACUGAGAACAAAAUGUUCGUUCCUUGUGAUGAGAUUUCCCCUCCCCUUUUCCAUACCAUAGAUUUUCGUGGUUCUCGCACGAGAGGCUCAAGAAACAGAAAAUGCGGUGGACGCGAGCAGCAGAUCAAUUAAGCGCCCACUCAUGGAAUACGCGCCCGAGUGGAUAGUCACAACAAUCACCUCCAAAAUUAGACUAAAUCAGGCAACGAGAUCGCAUAACGCCUUAACCGCAUAGUUGCUGUGCCUCACUACUCUCGCUAUUCAAAAGACAGGCAGUUGCUUGUUAGAGCCUGACCAUGUGCUCCUUCUUCAGACCUCAAAAUGCGAUUUCAGUGGCCAGGCUUCAGGAAAACAUCUGAAAAACCGACAGGCCAGCCCUCAGCCCAAGUCACUGAGGAUGACCGUUCUCCUGGUUCGCUCCGUCCGUUAUGGAUCCCAUUUUUUCUUCGUCGUACCAAUCUCAUACUUUUCAUAUGUGUUUUUUUGGCCAUCGGUAUCGCCCUAGGGGCCCUUUAUGGAGUUUCCGUUCGUAAUUCCGGCUUAUGCAACUCGAACACGAAAUACUAUUACCUAUGGACUUACGGGCCUACAGCCGUAUCAACAUUACUCGCAGCUCUAUGGGCCCAGGUUGAGUAUCGAUCGAAACAGAUGGCACCAUGGAAUCUUAUGGCUCAGGAACCACAGCCUGUUGGGAAGAGCCUCCUUUUGGAUUACACGGACCCAAUGAAUAUUAUCAGCCUCUUUACCUCGGCCAAAGAAAAGCACUUUAUUGUCACGACGGCCAUAGCUGGUACUUUCUUCAUCAAGUUAAUCACCGUCCUAUCUAGCGGUCUAUUCAUCGCCCUUCCGACAGCUCUCAAACAAAGCCAUUCGCCACUCAUUGCCCGAAACGUAUUUUACGGCAAUGCAGAUGCGGGAGUAAGUGCAAAGUCCGCCUCAGUAGCUUACGGAACUCUUGCAUACAGCCUUCAGUAUCCGGAGGGCACGACGCCACUUUAUGCAUAUCAAUCAUUCGACUCUCCAGCCGCAUCAUCGUUUAUCGUAACCGCGGAAGUCAAUGUUUUCUCUGCAGAUCUUACCUGCGAGGUCGGAAACGUAAUCGAAAACACCGUUGACACUACUACUGGCGAGCAAAAUCCCUUGCUUGAACCCAUACCAAGGAGAAUCCAAACCUAUACGGAACAAGCGAAUGUAUGGAUUUCCACGGACACUUGUGACAAUCUUUUUGUCGCUGUCCAAGAGGGCCAAUCCAUGUCCUGGAACGGAUCCACUUGCACAAACCUGGAAAAUGGGGACGAUGCGAACCGGUUCAUCAUCAUCUUUGGCGAUUGGACAAGCACCACUAGGCCUUUCGAGAGAGACAUCUCAGCGUUAUCAAUUCGUGAUGGUUCCUCGAACGGCGUAUCGAACAAUGAUGUCUCCACGGAAGUUAUCGAUACCUCAACCGAUGACUCCCUGGUGUCUAUCGAUGACCCAAACGAUUCUAACGAUGAUCAACUUGUCUCCAUAGAUGAUCCCGACACUUCCGAUGACGCUAGUAUCACCAUCGAGGCACCAGAAGCCUCUACCACUAUGCCAAAUAUCAUCAACAAUGGACAGAGUACCUCGCUAAGCGCUUCUACUAAUAAGCCGAGCACCCCUACUACUUCCUCUACUGCCGACGACUCCGGCUCUCUGACCGCGGCUAAUUUUACCAUCUCGGAAUCUACUUUCAGACCAAAAGUAGCACUCUCUUGCAAACCUCAUUACAAAAUUCAGCGGGCAUCAGUCACCUUAACCAAAGAUGACGACGGAUACUGGUCGCCGAAUAUAUCCAUCCCCGUUGGUGGAAACUCAUCACAGCUUGCUGGGAUAUCCGGAUGGACUUUGACGAAAGGAUUUGCACAGUCGAUAUACGAAGCUGAGGAAGAGAUCAAUGAACACUUAUUGGAUUUCCUUCGGACAGCAGGCCCAGAAGGAGAUGUCACAUCUGACGCAGCAGUGUUGAAUGGCUCCUUAUCUCAAAUCUUCCAACGCGUUGCUGUUCAGUAUGCGCGGUCCUACCUCAUGAGACCAACUCAGGAAGACCUAUCUGGAGAAGUUGUUCUAGAAGAAACGCGUCUUUACGUGCGUACUGUACCCUUCUCGAUCAUAGAAGCGACCCUAGCCUUCUUGAUUGGGAUUGCCGGUUUUCUAUAUGUGAAGUCGCCUACUGUAGCGACAUCCCGGGAUCCUUCUUCCAUUGGCGGACUUUCUACAAUACUAGCCCGAAGCCCGGAACUCAUGACGAGCCUUGAAGGUCUUGGAACACAUGAACUUCAAGAAUUCCGCAACCGACUUCAGCACCGGGAGUUCAAGACGUCGGUCCAACCUCACUCGUCUUCGCCCUUCGCGAUUACAGAAUCUGGCACUUCAGACAUGGAGCCUGCAUCUUCCGUACCUCUCACGGAAGAUAAAAUAAAAUGGUGGCGGCCAUUCGCGGUUUCCAUUACCGGUCGUAUUCUGAUUGCAGUUUCUCCCAUCGCAGUAGUGAUCGCCUUGACACUUCUGUUGGCCCACUCACAGGACAAAAAUGGAAUUGCUACAAUUGAUAAGAGCUUGGCCGUACAUUAUGCUUGGACUUACAUCCCUGUUUUGGUUAUGGUCGGUGUCCAGCUCCUCUUCGGCAUGCUUGAUUAUGCUAUCAAGAUUUUCAACCCUUAUCACAACCUUCGUGUAGGGGCAGCUCCAGCACGAACUAGCAUCAUGGAGAACCAUCUUGCAAAAUUGGGUUUACACGCACUGUUUGUUGCAGUGGGUAAACUGCAAUAUACAGUUGUGGCGGCGGGAUUUGCUAUGAUGUUGUCAUCCUUCUUGACAAUCGUAACCGGCGGCCUGUUUUAUACCGAGUAUACCCAAACCCAUCAAGAAGUACAGGUCCAACGCAUGGGUUGGUUCAAUACGUCCCACUAUGUUUCCUCAGAAGGCGUUAAGCAGGCAAACCUUGUCCUUGCGUAUAACCUAACGGAGCCAACUUGGACACAUGAUCAGCUGGCGUUCCCGAAGCUACAGGUUAGAGCAAACGGAGAAGUUUCGAAGAAUGCGAGCGAGCUACAAGUGGUAGUCCCUUCCUUACGAGGGAAUGCAAACUGCUCUGUCUCCAGUCCAGAGUUUAUGCAGUGGGCUAUCGACAACCCAAACCUGUCUGAGGGCUCGAUUCCUACUAUUAAUAGCACUGUGACCAUUAUGGGAAACAAAGACUGGAGCGGCACGGGCUACUUCGGUCACUGGAACUCGAUCAUUAUGGAUUUCGAAGAAGCCCCUCCAAUAGUAGCUUCAAUUGGUCGAGCUGUCAACAAAACCAUAACCGAAGUGACGGCACUUUCUUGCUGGCCAUACAUUGAGCAGCUUGACGUUAGCGUUACGUUUAACCUACCCAGUUACACUAUUUCGAACGAAAAGCCGCCGGUGCCCGAUAAAAGUACCAGCAAAGUCUUCUCGAACUCUGGGCCCACUAGCUUUGAUGAUUUUACGCUAGCCAAUCCGAACACUGGUGAUCGGACAAGCGAAGAACUCUUUGGCGUGUUUGGCCUUGCGGUGUACGGCAAAGACGGAGUUCCUAUCAGUGAACUGAUAGGCGACACCAACAUACACAAGCUUAAUGAUGCUGUAUCAAGAGUGUAUAGCAGAGUCGUUGCACAGAUUAUGGACUGCAGACGAGCAGCUUCUGACGAUGCGUCUGACAUAAAUGGAACUAUGGUCAGCACAGACACGCUGCGGUUGAAGCAAAGCACCAUUUCGACUCACAUCUUGCAAGGUCUCCUGCUAGCAAUGCUCGUGUGCAGCGCGGUGACCUUUUGCAUCAUGGAUACCCGAAAACUCCUUCCGAAGAACCCUUGCAGCAUUGCAGCGGUGGCGAGCUUGCUGGCGGGCUCUGAUCUAAUGACCUCGAAUAUUAUUCCAUCGGGUUCAGAGUGGAUGAGUGAUAGGGAGCUCGAGAAGAAAGUUUUUAAAGGUCUUCUGUUUAGACUGGGAUGGUGGCAAGACGAGGAUGAGCCGGGGGUUAGUAGAUUUGGGAUUGAUAUUGGGAAGGCAGGAGGAGGUGCCUGAGAUAUGGGUCAAACAUUCGAUUCAAAGUAGAUAUUUACGCUUCCUUUAGUUCAAAAGUUAUUGUUUUUUUCUCAAUUGGCUGUCAAAAUGGACAUGACCAUAUUUCUAGCCGGUGUUUCUUAUUUCUUUAAGGCUUUGGAUUAGUAUGAGCAAUUCGGGAGUAUUUCUUGGG